AUGUUGGGCCAUUUCGAGGCCACUAGGAAGUUGGCGCGCUUCCGCGGGGCGCGCGCGAUGGCACCCUUCGAGGUUGCCACGCCGCCCGCGACCCCGCGUGCGGGGAAGGGCUCGGCGGAGCCGCCGACGCCCCCGACGACGGCGGCGGCGUCGGCGGUGGAGAGCGCGGCCAGCUCGGCUGCGCCCACGCCGCAGCCAGAGACGGCGCAGGAGACGGCCUCGCCGCCGCCAGAGACGGCGCAGGAGACGGCCACGGAGUCGACCCGCGCCGUGUGCACGGACGUGGAGUUGCUGACCAAGGUGCUGCGCCCUGUCAUGACGAAACCAGAUUUCGUGGUGUACAAGAGCGACCACUCCUCCUUCCCUGUGUCCAGCGACCAGGCGCCCUUAAGUGCCGACGCUGCGGUGCUCGUCGCGCAGUCGAUCAGGCAGCAGGCAGCGCCGAACUUGAGCGUCGGCAAGGUCGCGUGCGAGAACGCGAUCGAGUUCUUGGUCACCGAGAAGGCGAAGACAGGAAAGCCGCCCUGGAGUUUGUUCGAGGGCGAUUCCAAGAAGCGCUACGUGAGGGACAUGACGGCUAGGGUGCGCGCGCUGUGCAUGCACGUGGGGUCCUUCUACCGCCGCAAGCUCGGCCCCCCUCAGUGGUACAAGGCCGUCAUCGCGGAGCAGGGCUACACCGACGGCAUCAACCUGAACGAGGAUCAGGACGAGGAGGAGGACGACGCGGACGAGGAGGACAGCGCGCCCGUCAGGCGAAGGCCGUCAAUGCGAGGAGGUUCAGCGGCAGGGGGCGAGGACGAGCCCGAGGGCACGGGGGCCGCGAAGAAGAGGCCCGCCGCGGCCGAGCCUGCAGGUGACAGCGCAGGUUCCGAGGUGCAGUACGUCUACAAAUUCGACGAGAACAAGAACUCGGCAGUGCGCAUCCAACCGAGCACGCGGCGGGUGGAGCUUUGCGACAGCUCGCGGUCAUCCGACCAGGGCGGAUUCAUGGUUGCCACGUGGGCCGAUGGGAAGGAGUGGCGCUACCCAGAGGCGCUGCACCAGCAGAAGGAGAAGCCGAAGAGCGCCAAGAGUGGGCUUCCUUCUAAAUACUUACCUGACGGCUCAAAGGUCUACGUCGAGCUGAAGAGAGAUCGGGAUCCGAACCACAAGCUCAUCCUCAUCAUGCGCAAGCUCAAGGACGGCACCAAGGAGCAGCAGACGCAGGCGACCACCAGGAACUUCGACAACGAGGAGCAUGGCGUCAAGGUGAUGACCGAGCGGAUCUUAGAGAUGUUCGUCCGCGACCCGAAAACUACGAAGCAGCAGGCGAUGGCGGCGAAGAUGGACCUCCUCAAGGAGAUCGAGAAGACUGUCGAAGCGAUCUGCCAGAAGGAGGCCGAGAAGUUGGCCAAGCAUGAGGCCGAUGAGGCGGCGGCGCCCAAGCGGGGCGCUGCAGCUCGCAAGAGGCCCGCCGCCGCUAAGCCCGCCAGCGAGGAGGCGGCGGCCUCCGACGCCGAGGCGGCGUCGGGCAACGGCAUGGGCGAGAACGCCGAGGCGGCUUCGGACGGGGAGGUCUACACGGCAGGAGAGGGGGAGGCAGACGCUGCUGCAGGAGGCGCGCCGUCCACUCCCGAGCAGAAGGGCAAGGGCAAGAAGCGCGCCGCACCAGGCAAGAUCUCGACUUCGAAGGUCCCCAUCCAGCGCAUCGGCAUCGAGAAGGGCAUCGCGGGCGCCAAGGCUUCCAAGUCCGCGCAGGGCACCUCCCCGCAGACGGCCAUCAAGGGGCCGACGGGCACGCUCAUGGGGGACGCGCGCAAGCAGCUGGCGGAGGAUGACUCGUCGGACGGUGCCGAGUAG